UCCUAACAUUUCAUUAAUGACAUAACUUACAUUAUAUUAUAUCGAUUUAUUUCAUAAGUUUAAAAUUUAAUUAUGGUUGAGGAAAAAGGUGAAGGGCCUGAAGAUGUUGAUACUAUCGGGACUUAUGUAGGCGGUAGGAAUGUUGAUGGCGAGCGACAUGGAGAAGGGUGGGCAGUACUUCCUAAUGGGGACUUUUAUCAAGGUUGCUAUUGUCGUGGUAUGAGAAAUGGAAAAGGCCUCUAUGUGUUCAAAAACGGGGCUCGAUAUGAAGGCGAAUGGCGACGAGCAAUGAAAUAUGGAGUUGGAACAAUGACAUACCCCGACGGUUCGCGAUACGAAGGCGACUGGAGGCAUGAUAUGAAGCAAGGAUUUGGUGCUUAUUACUAUCCAAAUGGUGAUAUUUAUGAGGGCGCAUGGUUUAAAGGCAAGAGACACGGCCUAGGAACUUAUUUCUUUGCAGAAUCUCAAGUCAAAUUCAUGGGAACAUGGGUUGAUGGCGUGAUUGAGGGGCCAGGUCAAAUUAUUUAUCCUAGAGUCAGAUACCAUGGUUCAUGGUUGAAAGGAAUGCCAAAAGGACCUGGAUGUUUCGUUUUCGAUACCAAUUGUAUGCAACAUGGCUUUUACUUGUUGAUAAAAGAUCCCUCAUUGGAAGAAUAUGGUGAAGGUGAGGAAGAAAAAGAGGAGAAAAACUUGAAAGAGGAAAAAGGGGAGGAGGAAGAGGAAGCAGAAAUUGACGAAUCUCUAGGUAAAAUAGCCGUUUGGCGUGCUCGGAACGUCACAGCUUACAUGGCGGAGUUUUUGCCUCCCGAGCCUGUACCUCUGCCAGUGCAUGAUUCAGUUCCCUCACUAACAGACGAGAGCAUCGAAACCGACAUCAUGCACUUCGAACCACCGUCCGUCGUACUCGAAGAAGAGGGUGCCGAUGACAAUGACUCGUGGUUAUUGCACAGACAAAAAUUCCUUGAAGAAACUCAGCAGAAAUAAUAAAUAUAGCUAGUUCAUUGUACGUGAUUUGUUUUCAUAUAAAAACAUUGUUGCAAUUAUUUUAAAAUUAUCAAAUAGAUUUAGAUAAACUAGAAAGAUGUUUGAGUACAUAUUUCGUCAAGAAGAACACUUUCGCUUAGUUAUGCUCUUUUGUCAACUUUUAGAUGAGAUAAAUUAGAUGUGUGGUUUAUGAUAUAUUCCAAUAUAUGUAAAUGUUUGUGUAUACAUAUAAACAUUUAUAUAUAAUCACAGAUUUUCUUGAUACAUUGACCUUCACCAGCAUCUAACUGAAUCAUUUGCGGUCAGGGUUCCACCCUCUUCCAAUAUUUUUACUUUAGUGUACUUAUUAUUCAGUAGGAGAAAUAAAAAUGCAUCCCAAUACAAUGUCACCUGGUUUGUCGCGUUAUCACUUUAAUAUUAUAUUAUAAGGAGAGACUGACAGACCAUGGUGCUGACAUUUUCAAAAUUUCAUCCUCGUAUUA